AAGAGGGGGAGCACAUGUGUAUGCUUGUCACUAAGGGGCUGGGAGAAGGACUGAGGGAAGCGAGGUAGCUGGCCACAACCGCCAUAUGCUGACUGGAUUCCUGUUCAUGUCUGCUGUGUGAAGACUGUAGGCUUGUGUUGUGCGCCGGCCGGCUGGGGAUCACACCAUGGGAAGCUCACAUCUCCUCAACAAAGGCAUGCCUCUAGGUAUCAGGCCACCCAUCAUGAAUGGGCCCAUGCACCCACGCCCCCUGGUGGCGCUGCUGGACGGGCGCGACUGCACCGUGGAGAUGCCCAUCCUGAAAGACGUAGCAACUGUGGCCUUUUGUGACGCUCAGUCCACACAGGAGAUUCACGAAAAGGUUUUGAAUGAAGCGGUAGGAGCGCUGAUGUACCACACCAUCACUCUGAUGAGAGAAGACCUGGAGAAGUUUAAAGCUCUGCGGAUCAUCGUCCGCAUCGGCAGCGGUUAUGACAACAUUGACAUUAAAUCUGCUGGAGAACUUGGCAUAGCUGUAUGUAAUAUGCCAGCUGCCUCAGUGGAGGAGACGGCGGACUCGACGCUAUGUCACAUCCUCACCUUGUACCGACGGACCACCUGGUUGCACCAGGCUCUACGGGAGGGCACGCGAGUUCAGAGCGUGGAGCAGAUCCGGGAAGUGGCGUCGGGAGCAGCAAGGAUUAGAGGAGAGACCCUGGGACUCAUAGGACUCGGUCGGGUGGGUCAGGCCGUAGCCCUGCGAGCAAAGGCCUUUGGCUUCAAUGUGAUUUUCUAUGACCCUUACUUGGCUGACGGAGUAGAGAGAUCCCUGGGACUCCAGAGAGUCACCACCCUUCAGGAUCUGCUCUUCCACUCUGACUGCGUCUCUCUGCACUGCAGCCUCAACGAACACAACCACCAUCUGAUCAAUGACUUCACCAUCAAGCAGAUGCGUCAGGGGGCGUUCCUGGUGAACACGGCCCGGGGGGGCCUGGUGGACGAGAAGGCUCUGGCUCAGGCCCUGAAGGAGGGCAGGAUACGGGGAGCUGCUCUGGACGUUCACGAAACAGAGCCUUUCAGUUUUAGUCAGGGUCCACUGAAGGACGCUCCCAAUCUCAUCUGUACGCCCCACGCUGCCUGGUACAGCGAGCAGGCAUCGCUGGAGAUGCGAGAGGAGGCAGCCAGGGAGAUCCGACGGGCCGUGACAGGGCGAAUCCCAGACAGCCUGAAGAACUGCGUGAAUAAAGAAUUUCUCACCCAGAACAACCACUGGGCAGGAGUUGAUCCAGCUGCAGUCCACCCGGAGCUCAACGGAGCCUACAGGUAUCCCCCCGGGGUGGUGAACUUGCCGGCCGGUGGCCUCCCUCCACCAGUUGAAGGCAUCGUGCCGAGUGCCGUGCCCAUAACGCACACCCUCCCGCCCGCCGUCGUCACACACCCUCCCCAUGCACCGUCUCCAGGACAAAACAUAGUGAAGCCAGCAGAGGGCGACAGAGAGCAACACCCAAACGACCAACUGUAGCCCCCAUGGACACGCACACACACACACACACACACACACACACACACCUGCACACACACACACACACCCCCGCACACAUGCUUGCCCGUGUCCUCUGGGGACUGGAGGAGGUUGACACGGCAACGGGUGUCGUAGCGCUGACUUCCCAAAUGGCGAGUUCUUAUCUGAAAAAGGCUCUGAGUGGAUUCUCAACUCUCUGGCAUUUGCUUCCAACAACCGGGUCUCACUCCAAAGAGGAAAACGGGGAGGAUGGUGACGACGGAGAGGAGUGGAUUAGCUGUUGGAUGCUGUAAAUCAAGGAGCAAAAGAGUCCUCUCGCCCCUACCAGAAAUGGUUCUGAUGAUUCCAAGCUGACUUUCACAUUGUGUGCCAGACAUAAAAAAAAAACAAGCAACAAAAAAUAAACAAUGUGGUCAUUUUGGGGGGAAAAAAUAAAUACUGGAUCCAAUUCUGCUGUCCUAGACUGUAGUGUGUCCAAAGUUAGAGGGGCGGGUUUCAUGUUUUUCUCUCUUUUCUCUGUCCUUUCCUUAGUUUGAUGUUCAAACAAAGUUAGUAGGUUAUGACAUGAAUGUAACCACCUGUUUCUGUACAGUUUUUAGACUUACAGCAAGAAGAUACUGAUGUUUGUAUUCCAGUCUUAACAAAAGGGUGAUUUCUCCAAGUAGCCGAACCAAUUUCAGAAAACAAAACCAUUCUUUCUUUCUUUUUUUUUUUUGGUCCUUUUUGCUUUCCUACAUGUUCCCAAAUUAGCAAGCCCCCCAAGAAAGAGGCAGCUUUUUGCACACCAUCUCAGGAAAUUAAGUUUCCGCAGUUGGUAUAUAAUUUUUCUUUUAAAAAAACAAACAAAACAAAACAUCUUUAUUUUAUAAAAUUAUUUUUAUGCCACUUAGUGCUUUUCGUUUUCUUACCUGCUUGCCUUUUUGUGUGCCACUACAUUAGAAAAACAACUUUAGCGAGAGAUAAAGUUGGACCUAAUAUUUGCUUUCGUUGGCCUAGUUUAAUGGGAGUGUCACUUUGCGCUGGGGACUUAAAUGUAAAUGUUUGACCCAAGUCGAUGGAGUUGUGGGAAGAAUUGCUGCGGAGAGGUGGGGGAAAAAAAUGGUAUGCUUGGCUGGGACAACUUGAUUACUUGUAGUAUUUUUAAUUUAUUCAUUGACAAGAUGAUGCACUGAGCAUUUGUAGCAGUCUAAACUAUGCUGGGACAAGGAUUUUAUCAUGUCCAUAUUGUCUUCAAUGAUUCAGUCCUUUCCCCCGUCACACGUGGUAAUUGUGAACAUUUUUGUGAAUCAUUAUGUAGCUAAAUUAGUUCUUUAUUGAAGCUGCCCCUUUUAGUCGUACGUAUU